AGAUUUGCAAAUAUUUGACACAAAUGACUUCUUUAACUGGAAAUCGUAACGACCAACACUCUCACGUGUUGGUUCCAGUUUUUGUAAGUUUCUGCACUAUCCCGAUCUCGAUGAUGUUUUGGAUAGUAAAUGAGGAUUAUUCAAUAUUGUGGCCGGAUUCUAAAAACCAUAUAAAAGAGCAUUCAAUGAUUUCACUUUGGAGAUGGCUCAUUGCAGUUGUAGUACCACUUUUCAUCUUGUCUUGGGGAUACAGCAAGAAAAGUGUAAAAUUCAACAGUGCGAUCCUUGGUUCCGUCAUGGGUUUUAUCUUAACACUUUCAAGCUAUGCUCAGGGAGCAGCAUUUUUAACAUUCUUCAUCAUUGGAACAAAAGCGACACUGUUCCGACCUGUAGAAAAGAAGAAAAUCGAAGCUGAUUUUAAGGAAGGAGGACAGCGUAACUGGACGCAUGUAAUCUGUAAUGGCGGUAUGGCUACUCAGUUGGCUCUGUUACAUUUCCUAGAUGUUGGUAGUGGAGAUCGACCUAUAGACUUCAACAACGAAUAUCGAAGUUCAUGGUUGUCUGUUGCUAUAUUAGGAGCGGUUACGUGUUGUUGUGGCGAUACGUGGGCUUCAGAACUUGGUACUGUGAUCAGUAAAGGCGAUCCUUUCCUUAUUACAACAAGGAAAAGAGUGCCAAGAGGAACAAGCGGGGCAGUAUCAUGGACGAUUUUUUUAUGUGCUUUUCUUGGUGGUUCAGUAGUUGGUUUGGUUUAUUACGUUGUGAUAUUGUACACCGUUGACACGACUGUACUGGAAGUAUCAUCACCACAAUGGCCCAUCAUACUCGUUGGAGGAUUUGGAGGUUUUUUCGGUAGUUUAUUCAAUUCUGUUCUUGGCGCGACUGUGAACUAUUCAGGAGUCAACGAGGAAGGUCUCAUAGUAAAACGACCGGGAAAAGGCGUAAAACAUAUAAGCGGUAACGAAGUCUUCGAUAACCAGAGUAUAAAUCUUUUUUGUAGCAUUGGAAUCGCUCUUAUUCUUCCGCAAAUAGCCAAAGUUUUCUGGCCAAGUUUCUGAUGUAUUUUAGAAACUAAAAGAAAGAAGAGUUGAUAUGGGAAACAUUAAAGUUUUAAUAUAAGGAAUGGUAAUAAUUUCAAUCUUCAGUAAAAAAUGUUACUCUAAUGAAUAACACGCUCAAUAUCGAGAGUUUUAUUAUUUUUGCUGUUGGUAUUUUUCUAAUUAGGGUUUUUAUAUUUGUAUUAUUGUUAUGUAAUGGUUGUGCACGCAAAAGCAUUUUGUGAACUGUACGUUUUUAUUUUAUUAAGUGACUGGCAUCAUUACUAUUAUUAAAAGUACAACUUUUUAUGUGACGUAGGU